AACAUUUCGUAGGUCACUCCUAGAGGGGAAUUCAUUUCUUUUCCUGAUAAAGUAUACGUGGCCUAGGGUGCUCUAUUUCUGUAUGUAACUAAAUCGGCUCAGCAAAAGAUGGCCCCUUCAAAUGCUCUGUGCAUGAUACAGUCAGAAGUAUCACUCAUGCUUACUGCCUUGCGAUGUAGCCACAGGAAUUCUUUUAGGAUGUACCAAGAUGAGAGUAAAAGACCUCUGAUAUCGAAUUUCAACCAAUUAAGAUCUAUCCUAAACGUGGCUAAAAGUGUUAACGAACUGGAACCAUUAGUUUAUCUUGCACCAUUUCUUGAAGUUAUCCGUUCAGAAGAUACAACAGGUCCAGUUACAGGUCUUGCAUUAACUGCUGUGGAUAAGUUUCUAUCUUAUGGACUUUUGGAAUUACCUCCUACAAAAGCAGAGGAAUCAUCUGGAAAUAAAACUACUGGGUCAUUGAAUUCUAUUGGAUUAGCAGUUGAAGCAAUUGCCGAUGCAAGUACUCAAGCCCGCUUUGUAGGAACUGACCCACGUUCAGCAGAGGUUGUAUUAAUGAAAGUUUUACAUCUAUUACGAACAUUAUUACUUGUUCCUGCUGGAGCUCUCGUCUCAGAUCGAGCUAUUCGUGAAAUUCUACAAAGUUGUUUCCGUAUAUGUUUUGAACCGAAAUUAAGUGAAUUAUUGAGAAGAACAGCUGAAUUAUGUUUGGCUUCCAUGAUUCAGCUAUUUUUCAGUCGUCUACCAACAUUAGUUGGAUUUAAAACAGAUCGAAGUGUACAACAAUCAACUGUACAAUCUGACAAUUCAAUGAUACCCGCACAACCUGAUACACAUUCUUCUUCUGAUAAUUCAAAAACAAUCGAUCCUCCUGCUCCUGCUCCUGCUCCUGCUCCUCCUGCUGCUCAACCACAACCACAACCAUAUACUAUUGAAACUGUCUAUGAACUGUUACGCAAUCUUAUUUACUCUCUUUCACCGGAACAUAAUAAGGAGAGUGUGAUUUCCAUAUCAUUAGGUCUUAUCACCAUUGCGCUAGAGACAGGAGCUGAUGCAAUAGCCAAUAGUCCACGAUUACUUCAUUUAGUUCGAGGUGAUUUAACGAAAUAUUUAAUGUUGCUAUUAUAUUCAGAGGAUAUUUGGCAAUUUGCUGCUACUCUACGUGUAUGUUUCUUGCUAUUCGAAUCUAUGAGAAGUCAAUUAAAGUUACAAAUGGAGGUUUAUUUACAACGUUUAAUAGCAAUUAGUUCUUCUGAAAAUGAAUCAACUACUUAUGAACGACGUGAAAUCGCACUAGAUUCCGUUGUUCGUUUACUUUUAGUACCUGGUUUAGCUACAGAACUUUAUGUGAAUUAUGAUUGUGAUUCAUAUUGUUCAAAUUUAUUUGAAGAGAUUACAAAAAUGUUAGCUAAAAAUGCUUUUCCUGUUGAACGUUUAAUGGGUACUCAUUUGUUGGCAUUAGAUGCUCUAUUGGCUGUAUUGAAUACAAUUGAAGUUCAAUGCGGUUCAUCAUCAUCACCGUCCUCUUCGUCGAUAUCAGCUACGACGACGACAGCUGCAGCCACAACAGCAACAACAACACCGGCAACGACUGCGAUUACGGAUCAAAAUUCUUCUGUGAGUGAUGAUACUCAGCAUAGUCAGUCUAAUAGUCGAACAGUACGACCUAAUCGUCACUUUGUUGAUGUCGCCAAUCUACCAUCUCGAGAAGAAUUGAAUAUUGCCAAAUCUAAAAAGAAGUUAUUAAUAUUAGGUUCAGAUCAUUUUAAUACAAAACCAAAACGUGGCAUUGCAUUUUUACAAGAAAAUCAUUUAUUACAAACUCCAUUAAAUUAUGAUGAAUUGGCAAUGUUUCUACGUGAAAAUCCACGUUUAGAAAAACGAAUGAUUGGCGAGUAUAUUAGUGAUCGUGAAAAUAUUGAUGUGUUAAUUGCGUUUGUUAAGCAAUUUAAUUUUGUUGGUGUGCCAAUUGAUGAAGCUCUGCGUAUUUACUUGGAAGCAUUUCGUCUACCUGGUGAAGCCCCGCUAAUUCAACGUAUCAUGGAACAAUUCGCUGAACAUUGGUAUCAUUCCAAUGCAGCACCAUUUAUUGAUGUGGAUGCUGCAUUCACACUAGCUUAUGCUAUACUCAUGUUGAAUACUGAUCAACAUAAUCCUAAUUCGAAACGACAAAAUGCACCAAUGCGUUUGGAAGAUUUUAAAAAGAAUUUAACUGGUAUGAAUGGUAAUCAAGAUUUUGAUUCAAAACUAUUAGAAUCAAUUUAUCAUAAUAUACAUCAUUAUGAAAUUGUUAUGCCUAUUGAACAAACUGGUUUAAUACGUGAAAAUUAUUUAUGGAAAUGCCUUCUACGUCGUUCCACUACUAAACAAGCAAUAUUUUAUCAUAUACAAUCUGGUGGUGCCCUAUAUGAUGCUGAUUUAUUCGAGCUGAUUUGGGGACCGACUGUAUCAGCAUUAUCAUUUAUCUAUGAUAAAACCCAUGAUCCUGAAGUACAAUCGAAAGCCAUUGAUGGAUUUAACCGGUGUGCAACAAUCGCUUCUUAUUAUGGCAUGAGUGAUGUAUUAGAUAAUUUAGUGAUAUCUUUAUGUAAAUUUACUACAUUACUCACUGUGAAUGAUAAUCCAAAAAAUCUCCGACUUAUGCUUGGACGUAAUACUAAAGCAUGUUUAGCACUUUGUUUAGUAUUUCAUAUCUCAUCUAAACAUGCUGAUAUUUUACGUUAUGGUUGGCAUUCUUUAUUAGAUUGUCUAUUACAAUUAUUUCGUGGUAAUCUUUUACCAAAUGAAUUAUUGGAAUCACAAGAUUUCUUAUCAAGUUCACGUAAAAUUUGUAUCACAACAAAAGGUUGUUGUAUAUCGUUGAAAAAAGAUGCGAGAAAUUCACGUCAUUCAUUGAAACAUCGUCAAAAAACGUCGUCUUAUUUAAAUAAUACUAAAGAUAAUCGAGAAUUAGGUGUUUUCAGUUCAUUCUAUCAGUAUUUAAUGACUGGUUCUUCAUGGAUUGGUUCAAGUGAUGACUCAGACAAUGAACAUCAACACGAUGAAGAUGAAGACGAAGACGACGAAGAGGACGAAGACCAAGACGACAACUCAGUUAAAACAACAACGAAUGCUGUUUCCGAUGAUAACAAAUUCCUUCAUUCAUCUAAAUUGAUCAAUAAUCAAAAUCAUUUAUUAUCAUCAUUAUCCUCGUCAUCAUUACUGAUUAAUCGUAGUCAAUUAGAUGAACAAACCGCGUGUCGUUUUGCAUCGGAAAUAGUUGUUCAAUGUCAUAUUGAACAAUUAAUUGAAGAUAGUAAAUUCUUAGUGGAUGCAUCAUUAAUGGAAUUAAUUAAGGCUCUAUUAUGUGCUACACGAGGUGAUUCUUCGAUUACUCUUCCAAAUAGUUUUGAUUCUGAUAUGAUAUUCUCUAUGGAAAGCUUACAAUAUGAUGAAUUUUCUCAAUCAAUGCAUUCAAAUAUUGAUUCCGGUCUACCGUCAACAUCAUCAGCAGCAACAUCACCAGCACCACAACCAUCAGUUCAUUCAAUUCCUCCAUUGACUAGAACUGGUAGUAGUUCCACAGAAGUCGACCUAUCCAACACCAGUGUUACAACACUAGAUCGAACUCAGCCGAAUCUACCAACAACAACACCAACACCAUCGACUCAUUUGGAUACUUCACGUCAUCAUUAUUAUCAUCAUUAUUCACCAUGUAUUCCAGUUGGUGGUGGUGGUACAACGUCGUCAUUAUCUCCGUCAUCAUCUGACAAUUGUCGUGUAUUCUGUUUAGAAUUACUUAUCCGUGUAUUAAUGCAUAAUCGUGAUCGUUUAGUUGGUUUAUGGUCAUUAGUUAAAUAUUAUCUUGUUGAUAUGUUAUUAUUACUGUCAUCAUCAUCAUCUCCAUCAUCGCCGUCAUCGCCAUCAUCGCCAUCCCCAUCAUUGGGGUAUUCAUCGCAACUUCUGAUUGAACGAGUAAUUGUUGGUUUUCUACGUUUAGCUAUUUGUUUAUUACGUCGACAUGAAGUAACUAGUCAAAUAUUUGCCACACUCUAUUGGUUGCUGUUAAAUCAUGGUGAACAACUGAUGUAUUAUGUCAAUCAAUUAUCGGAUGAAUCACCGACACAAACAACCAUCUCUUCACCGAAACUAUCCAAUUCACGUAAUAUGCAGAAAAAGCCUUCUACAUUCUCUGUUCACCAUACAGAUAUUAAUAGUAGUGUAUUGUUUAAACAAGGUUCACGUGUUGCUCAACAAGUAAUUGGUGGUUUAACAGAUCUAUUAAGAAAUCAUUCUGCUGAUUUACCGGAUCCAAUUACUGAUUGGAAACUUAUUUUCGGUUUAUUAGAAAUUUGUGGAGCUGGUCGUAGAGCUAGCAUUCAUUUGACACGUAGUAGAACAGUAGCGAAAUGUAGUCGUAACAGUGAAGAAGAGAUUUCAUAUUCCAGUUCAAAUAUUCCACAAAAAACUGGCAUCAAUCAUCAUUCGAAUCCGUAUAAAUCCAGUCGUGGCUAUACAAGUGAUAGUGAAGCACAACAUACUAUUGUUCAUGAAGUCCCACCGUCAAUUGGAACUAAAUCAUCAUUACACUUAUCCACUAGUAGUAGUACAGAGAUGUUUGUAUCGGGCAAUACUACUACUACUGCUGCUACUACUACUAGUGAACCAAUCCAGAAGAAUACGUUGGCGAAUGAUGAAAAUGUGAAAACAGAUCAUCUUUCCGAAUCAUAUGAAGUGAUUGCGAAACCGCCGUCUCUUAUGGAAACACCACCACAUCAUCCAACCUGGAUGAAAUCAUCACUUCUUAUAUCUCCUUCGGUUUUAAGUUAUGAUGUUGUCAUUGGUACACGAGAUCCAGUCACAUUAGAACAAGCUGUUGAUUGUUUAGCAUUUUUAAUUCGUGAUCCAGCUCAUAUUACACCGGAUAAUUUUGAGUGUGCAGUUCAAGCAUUACGUGUUUUUGUGGAAACUUGUAUUAGUUUACCAUUGAAAAAUACAACAACAAAUAAAGUUCUGUCUUCUUCGCAUGCUAAAACGGAAUCAAGUCCUCCUCCUCAUCAUCAUCAUCAGCAGCAACAGCGACAUCGUCGACAUACAGAUAAUGAACUACAACCGCCACAACGACAUCUACAACAACCACAUUAUGAACAUGGUAAAAUGAAAACAUUAAGGAAAGGUGUGAUAUUUAGUGAAUCAGCACUUAGUCCAGUGACUAGUGUUAUUGCUGUCCAGCUUUUAGAUCUAAUCAACAUUUUAUUCACACGUGCUACAUCAAUCUAUAGAGAAUGGACAAGAAUUAUUUCUAAUCAAAUAACAACUCCUUCAUCUAUUACUAACACACAUUUACAUGUUAAUGAAGAUUUGUCAUUAAAUCCGUCAGAUAAAGAUGACACACAUAGAUCUAUACAACCACAAAAUGAAUUAGAUGAAGUGAUAAAUUUAAAUCAUUUAUGGACUAUAUGUUGGUGUCCAUUAUUACAAUCCACUGCACGACUGUGUUCGGAUCAACGUCGUGAUGUACGUAUGGAUGCAUUGACUUAUUUACAAAAAGCAUUACUAUCACCUACGCUACAUUUAUUAACUGGUAAACAAUGGGAAUAUUGUUUUAAUCAAGUUUUAUUUCCUCUAUUAUCUGGUUUCUUAGAAACUAUUCCAUUUGAAGAACAACAAGUUGGCGGUCAGAAUACAAAACAAUUGCAUACAAUUGAAUUUGCUGAUCCACGUAUGCGUGCUAUUCCAUUGUUGACUAAAGUAUUCUUGCAACAUCUUCGUCCAUUAUAUGAAUUAGACAGUUUUAAUACCAUAUGGAUACGUAUGCUUGCCUACAUGGAACAAUAUAUGUUGGCUAGUAGUAAUUCUGAUUCAUUGAUGGAUGCUGUACGUGAAUCAUUAAAAAAUGUUCUACUAGUCAUGUGCACUGGUACACAUGAUCUCAAUCCAAUUCUGAUGAAAAAUGCUCCACCAAAUUCUAAUUCUGCUAUUCUAUGGGAAUUAACAGAAAAACAUUUAUCCACAUUUUUGCCUGAAUUAUUAGAACAAUUAUUCCCGAAGGCGCAUUCAACUGAUCCACCAUCAUCACCGCUCCUAUCAGCAUCAUCACCUCCCCCGCCGACAACAUCAUCAGUAGUAGUAGAACCAUGUUCAACAACUGCAUUGAAUAAUGAUGAUGUUGUUGUUGAAGAAGAUUCUACACAUCAUCAUCAUGAGUCGUCAUUUAAUGCUGAUCAUUCAAGUACUACAGUUGAUCAAAUUCCAAUCGAAUCACCGACUGUAGAGACGAAACAAUCACCACCAUCGCCACUGCAACCACCACAGUGUGAUGAUAUCAAUCCUCAUUCCAAUAGUCCAAUCAUCCUAGCAGACCAACACUAUUCAUCAAAUCAUGAUGACCUAAAUAAAUCUUCAAUGGAAUCCUAUGAAAUGAAACUAUCCAAUCAAAAUAGUUCAGCGACAAUUUAUAAUUUAUAA